AUGGCAGCAACAAUUGGCAAAAAGGUCCUGAGUAGGCCUGCAUUUUUCGUUUGUGAUAUUCAGGACCGCUUCCGGAAUGCGAUUCAUCAAUUCCCUGCGGUCGUCGCCACGAGUCGACGGAUGCUUGCAUAUGCAAACAUGUUCAACAUUCCUGUAUUCGUUACCGAGCAGAACCCAAAGGCUUUAGGGUCGACGGUUUCAGAGAUGGAACUUGAAAAGCUAGGAGCCCUACAUGUCGGGACGUGGCCCAAGACGAAAUUCUCAAUGUAUAUUCCCGAGGUCCAAGCCAAGCUCCAUGAACAUGGGAUUCAAAGCGUAGUCAUCUUUGGAAUUGAGAGCCAUGUCUGUGUCUUACAAACGGUCCUCGAGCUACUCUCGUCUGGUUAUUCGGUGCACGUAGUUGCGGAUGCAGUAUCGAGCUGCAACAAGGAGGAGAUUCCUAUUGCACUGGCUUCACUACGUCAAGCAGGCGCAGUCAUCACCACGAGCGAGAGUUUGGCGUUCCAACUUAUGCAGGAUGCUGGGUCGCCUAAUUUCAAAGAGUUUUCGUCUCUCGUAAAGGCGGAGAAGCAAGCAAUUGCCAACUCCCUUCGUGACCUCUGCGGGGAUGGGACGCCAAAGAGUGCGUUGUAA